ACUCCUGAGCGAUACAGUUUCAUUCCAUUCACAAUUACUCUCUCUCUCUCUCUCACUCACUCUCUGAGUUGUCAUUUUCUCUCUCUCUCUCUUCCCUCUUCGCCUUUUGACUUAAAACUUUCGUUUUUUUUUCGACUUUUUCCGCACUGGAGUUUUAUUUUCUUGGGGGGGGGUAUAUGUAAAAAAAAGGACCAUGAACUGCUUAAACAUGCCAACCUCCCCCAGCAAAGUGAAGGGUCAAAUUCAGAUUAUCUUCGGGCCCAUGUUCUCUGGAAAAAGCACAGAACUGAUGCGCCGUGUGAGGAGGUAUCAGAUUGCUCAGCAUGUGUGCCUUGUGAUCAAGUACGCAAAGGAUGUGCGGUACAGCAACGAAGACGUGGCUACACAUGACAAGUUCACAAUGCCAGCGAUCGCUGUGACCAUGCUGUCGGAGGUCUAUCAAGAAGCCCUGCAAUGCUCUGUUAUUGGAAUCGACGAAGGACAGUUUUUUCCAGAUUGUGUCGAUUUCUCUGAGGAAAUGGCCAACCAGGGGAGAACGGUGAUCGUGGCAGCGCUGGAUGGAACUUUCCAAAGAAAAGCUUUUGGCAAUAUCCUGAAUCUAGUUCCCUUGGCUGAGAGUGUGGUGAAGCUGAACGCCGUGUGUAUGGGCUGCUACAGGGAAGCCUCGUACACAACCCGGCUGGGCUCUGAAAAACAGGUGGAGGUCAUCGGUGGGACUGACAUAUACCGAGCCACGUGCAGGCGCUGCUACUUUGGGGAAUCGGAGCCGCUGCAGAGAAAGACUGAAAAAGAAAAUCUGGGAAGAAAGGACGAGACUUCCCUCCACUUGAAACACUUCGACAAUCAGAAAGUUAGUAAAACACCGAGGAGGGCCUUAGAAAAUCUGUGCCUGAAUUAGCUCAUCAGGAUUCAACUCCCCCAAACCCGCUCAAAGGUGCUUUCAAUAUACAUCAGGGAUGGUCCCAUUUGCUACAACUACCACAUGCUGUGUGAGUUCACUGCCACAAUAGCCCUGGAUAGGCUAUUAUUCAAAGCCCCCAAAUUCCACCUAGUCUUAGCCUCUUUGACCACUUUUGCCUUUAAGAUUGCGCUCGACUUCAGCCUUGGGUUUGGAAGCUGGUUUUCGCAUUCAGUUUAUAGAAACUGGCUUCCAGAUCAAGGCUGAAUUGAAGAGUUAUCUGCCAAAAUCUGCGUGAUUAAGAAAAAAUUGGUCUCGCAGGCUAAGGUCUAAUAAAUGUCAGUAUUUUUCGGGUCAGCCGGGUGUCUGACACACGAGGAAACCCAUCGCAAUGCUUAGGAAUAUCCACACUAAAGAGUUUCAUGCAUCCCAUCUACACAUGGAAAUUCAAAGAUCUUUAUUGUAACGGAAUAUGCACACUACCUGGAGGGACGCAUCCCGCUCACAGAAUUCGGAGAGAAGAUGCAACACCUUCUGGUCUUUCCUGUGUUUUGUGAACUCAAUUAUCUUGCUAACUGCAGUGUUCAUUGCACUUACUUUCUCUAGGCAGCAGAACCAUUAUUCCAGGCAGCUUCUCACACUGCAUAAGCAAGCACUGCUCUGUCUCAAUACUGGAACAACAUUCAAUACGGGACAAACACUGUUAACACUUUGGUGACCUAUUUGCUGUAAAAUCGUUUACUGGGCUUUGGAAUAUUCGGGUGCCUCUUAUGCGUAAAAUUUUUGUGUAACUGAAUUUUGUAACUGAACACAUUAAAAACAUUGUUUAAAUCA